ACGUCGUCGUUUUCUAGGCGACCCAAUUCUCUACUCUAUCCACGAUUCGGUAGCUGCUCGCACCAUCUCGCGACUCGCAGUGUUCUUGUGAAAAUGGCUUCUCGCACCAUCUCGAAGUUUCCAGUAAGGACAGCUCAAUUCUCAGACUCCGAUAGCAGAAGACGAUUCGACCUUCAUCCCUCGCGUCUGGUUCGGGCCCUCAGGCUCAGACAACAUGGUCUGCCUCACCCAUGGCUCGGCACCAACACUCUCUCGCUUCAGUCCUCCAAUAUCAGACCCUCCGUACUAAAACGCCGACCCGUCUCUGCCACGGUAUCGUUCAGCCUCCCCACUGCAAACCCAGAGAGACUUUCCUCGACUGAAAAAGUUCCCAAAUGGUCUAGGAGGGCAAUCAAGUCAUUUGCUAUGGGGGAGUUGGAAGCAAGGAAGGUCAAGUACCCAACUACCGGGACUGAAGCCCUUCUCAUGGGGAUUCUCAUUGAGGGAACUAGUUUGGCUUCAAAGUUUUUGCGGGCAAAUGGAAUUACACUUUUCAAGGUUCGUGAAGAAACAAUCAAGUUACUUGGGAAAGCUGACAUGUAUUUUUUCAGUCCUGAGCAUCCUCCACUAACUGAAGCAGCUCUAAGGGCCCUUGACUGGGCUAUUGAUCAGAAGCUAAAAUCUGGUGAUAGCGGGGAAGUUGCGACGUCUGAUCUGCUUCUUGGCAUAUGGUCGGAAGUUGAAUCGCCAGGUCAUAAGAUUAUGGCUACCCUUGGCUUCACUGAUGAGAAAGCCAAAGAACUAAAGUCUUUAAGUUCUGAAGCUGGACCUGUUGAUGAUUGAUACACUCAUUCGACACGCUUGUUGUUGUUACUAUUAAUGUAAUUCUGUUUUAUCAAUGGUGGAUCAGUGAUUCCGCAUGUCCUUUGAAGUUGCGAGUUCUUUCAUGAAUACAUAUUCAUUAGGUUAGGACGUCA